AACUUGAACGCAGCACUCUCAUGUCAGUCCAGCCCGGCGGGGGAGACACAAGGAGAAAGCGAGGCCGUCUUAUCAGCGCUGUCCUCCCCCUUCUCUGCGAGCUAUAUCGCACAACCAUCUGGAAGCAAGCGGCUCCUUCUUUGGAGGCGUCUUCUUUUUUUCUUCUUCGUGUUGUUUUUUUUUUUGGAGGGAGAAGAUGUCCAGACGCAAACUUGGAAGCAGACCGCAGCACCUGAGUGCAAUUCACGAAGCUGUGGACACGGCGGAAGGAAGCGGACCGCCACAGCAUCAUUUUCCAGCCACGCAGAUCCCCACAGUUUCUGGGGGUCGUGACCUUUUAACCUGCGGCCAGUGCAGCCAGGCCUUCCCCCUGGCGCACAUCCUGGCCUUCAUCCAGCACAAACAGGGCGGAUGUCUAUCUCGCAACCAGGGGGCCGGCGCCAAUGCCGCGCCACCCUCACCUGCCCAUCAGCAGCUGCAGCAUCGGCAACGUGUUGCUGGGGCCGCCGUCACUGCGGCCGCCGUGCUGGGACCGGGCUUCAUUGAGCUGAGGAGAGAGGAGGCACAGAGGGACCGAAGCUGGGGGGCGGAGCUUGGUGUAAAGGUGAAGGCGGAGCCCAGUAAAGCAGCGCCCGAGGAGCCCUCCUACUUUACCUGCCAGCAGUGCGAGAGCGUGCACUCCUCGGCGUGGGCGCUGUUGCAACACGCCCAGCACACACACUCCUUCAGCAUCUACCUGGAGGACGACGACGACGACGAUGAUGUCAGAGCAUCAGGGGGCCUUCAAGAUAACUCACCUGUUGCAGCUACACUGGACCCGCGCCACCUGAGCCAAGCCCUUGCCUCCGCCUUCCAGCCCUCCGCCCAUCGGGGGCUCGGUCGCCCCCACCAGACGCACGCCGCCCCACCCCCUGCCAACCUGCAGGCUCUGAACUUCUCGGUGCGGCUCAGGGAACUCGCUGAAGGCAACAACAACAACAACAACCCUGCCAACAGCUCACCGGUGUCGCCCUCCUCCUCCCCACCAGCCGCGUCCCCUUUUCCUCAAAUGGGCGUCCUCCAGGCCGACUUCCACUGCGAGAUAUGCGACCAUAACUUCCAGUCCCUGCGCGCCCUCUCCGCUCACCGCCGGACUCAUGCCUGCGAGAGACCAUAUCACUGUGGAGUGUGCGGCCAAGCCUUCUCCCAGAGCGGCCAGUUGGCACGUCACAUCAGGAACCAUCACCGUGACGCUGCGGGUGGAGGCAGCGCCUAUGAAUCAGCAGAUAUAGUAGCGGCGGAGGGUACCAGGGGCAGGUUUCAAAUGCAGUCAGGAAAGGUGAUGGACAUGAGAGCACAAGGACCCUCGGAAUUGGACAAGCAUCCCGCCAUUCCUUCGGCUCUCAUGUUGCUCCCCUCGCAGGUUAGACCUGCAGACAGAGAGCUGCUGAGGCUCUACCAGGCCCCGAGGGACGGUGGCGAAGCGGGGGAGGAGGAGGCAGAGGGACAAGGCGAGACGCGGCACGCCUCACCCUGUGCCAGCCCCUCAGAGGGCUCGCUAGAAAGCGGUGAGACCGGUGGCAGCGGAGAGAGCGGAAUCGCUAGCGGAAACUGCACACCCAAACGCCCUGAAAUGGGCGAACGGGUGCGAGGUGUCGGCGAGUGGGAAAGCGAACGGGCGGAGAUUAUUGACUUCAGCUCGGCGAAAGUCAGCGAGGCGGUACAGGAGUGGCAGAGGGAGAACGAGCGGAGAGGUGGCGGCGGCAACGGCGGCAACGGCGGCAACGGCGCCAACGUGACCUCCAGCUCUUCUACCAAAAAGAAGAAAGACGAAGCUUGCGAGUUUUGCGGGAAACAGUUUCGCAACAGCAGCAACCUGACCGUGCACCGACGCAGCCACACGGGAGAGCGACCGUACCGAUGCGGUCUCUGCAACUACGCCUGCGCUCAGAGCUCCAAACUCACACGUCACAUGAAAACGCACGGCGCACAAGGAGCCAAGGCACCAUUUUUAUGCCAGCUGUGCGCCGUGCCUUUCACUGUGUAUGCCACCCUGGAAAAGCACCUGAAGAAGGUGCACGGCUUGAGUCACGCCAGCGUGGGCGCCUACGCCCAAGCCAGCGCCGCUGACACGUUGGCUGCCAUCAAGGCUGAAGAAGAGGCGGCAGCGGCCGCCGUAGUCGUGAAAAUGGAGGAGGACGAAGCCAGUUUGGAUCAAACGGAGAUGCGGGGUGCCGUAAACAUGGAGAACCAAGGACUUACCCAAGAGGGGGGCAGAGGCAGUCCUGCUGUAGAUAGCUUAGCAGAGGUGGGCGUGGCUUUGACCCCUGCCCCCUGAGACAUUCACAAUAUAAACUGUACAGAACUGGAUUUGCCCUUCAAAAUAAAACUUAUUGAACUGACAACCUGGAGUAGAAAAUAGAACUGAAGCAGACAUCAUAUGCAAAAGCUGCAGGCUGAAAAUGAAGUGCCUACUUUGAGACCACAGAACAAAACAGUGACAUUCAACUGGGACAUUACCAGCGCUGUAGAACAGGAAGUGAGCUACCACAGUCCACGCCAACACAGGAAAUCCUAUACCGUGUUGCAAACGAUGCAAUCAAACAGCUUGUCUCUUGACUUGACUUGACUGGACAGGCGGUGACGGACAUAAACUGUCAUGGUGAAGAAAUGAAUGACGGAUUAAAAAAAACAUCUCUGUGCGGGUUUUCUUUUGAGAAGACAUUUUUAAAGACUUGGAAUGAAUGCAAACAUUGUAUGCCUGCGGGUUGUCAACCUGGGCGCUCGUCACUUAAGGUUGUGUUUACAGGGCUCACAGGGGGCCCGGCAAGGUUGUGUCUCACACAUAUACACACACACACUCCACACUGUCUAUUCGAAAUGUGAAUAGACUUUCCAGGAUUACUUUCUAUGCAUACAAACUGUAAUCGACCCCCCCUAUAUGUGUGAAAACGGGUGUAUAUUAUUUUUCUGUUUUGGUGUCUUCUUUAUUUUAUCUGCUCUUGUUUACAUUUGUUAAAAUGUCCAACUGCUUAGAGACUGUAUUUUUUAAUGCUUUCUAAUUUAUCAAUGCAGCACUUGGUAGUUGUGUCUCACUGUUGCAAGAGUUGUGAGGCCCACUUGGUUGAUUGGAGCACUUGAGAGAGAGAGAGUUUGAAUGUUCUUUCUGUGUGUGUGUGUGUGUCUUCUACUUGAACUCUGUCCCGUGAUCUUGUGUCCAAAGCAUGACUUCUUCUGGUCAUAAUUGCUGUGUUUGUAGCUCAUUUUUGAUGCUGAGAAGCUCAUGCAAACACUUUUUUAUCAAGUAGAGAGUGUGCCAUCAACUCAUUUUGUGACUUUUUUUUUUCUUCCAAUGUCUGCUUGUAUCCAUAUCAGAGACACCAAAACAAUGUGUGUUGUGUAAAAGCAGUGUAACUGUUCAGGGAUCAGAUAAUGUACAUAGAUUGACAAUCUUUGCUGUUAUUAUUAUUGUUAUUAUUAUUAUUAUUAUUAUAUGGCUGCCUGUCGCUGUUACAUGCCCCGCAUCGUCUCCUGCUGAUUGUCUCCUUUAGCCUUGACACUUGCUUGUCUGACAUCAUUUUACAAUCUUGUCUUGAGGAGCCUCAAUAAAAAAAAUGAGGUGUA